AAAAAAAAUUUCCUGAAUGGCGUUUGAAUCAGACAACACUACAUCCUGUUUUGUUCCACAUCUGGUUGAUCAAGUCUUCCAAUUAUAUCGGAGUAAAGCAGAGACCAAGAGCCUAACAGGAGAGGAACGUGGGCAGUUGUUUUACGAUUUAUCCACUUUAUUGGGCCAAGAACUGGUCCUGAGAUCGCUUCACCUCUUGGACGACCACAACUUCACCUUCUUCCACGCCAAGAACAAUCGAUCCGUGCGCGUGGUAGAAAUUUCCAAGGGAAACGAGAUCUUCCGGUUGAUUCCGGGUGUAAGUUUCUGCCAGUGCGAGUUCUUCCAGUGCCACGUGCUGCAGUUGCCGCGAGGCAUCCUCUACCACGACGUCCCCAGUGGCCAACCGGGCAUUUUGGAGGAUUGGAGCGAGGAAAGCCGGGUGUCCUACACCUGCCAGCACAUCCUGGCAUUGCGGCUCCACCAAUUUCUAAAGCACACAGGCAGGAAAACCACCGAGCAGACCCUUAAGAAGGAGGAUAUCAAGGAGCUGCAGACGGACGUCUUUCGGGACUAGGAUGGCUGAUGU